UGGUUAUUAUCCAUGAUGCCUAAAUCAUCCCAUCCUAACUCCAAUUGGUUUCAUAUCAUUUUCCAUAAAAUAUUACUAACAAAUUCACUAUGACAUUUUCUUCCUAUAUAUAUAACCACCCUCAAAACAAACCAACACAACAACACCAACCACCUAUUCUCUCAUUCUUCUUUCUCUUUGUGUAACACUUCCUCUAAUCUCUUAAUGCUCUUUUCUUCAUUUUCUUUAAACAAACCAAAGUUAGUUAUUAUAACAGAAAAUAAACAAAUCAAAGUUAGUUACUAUUCCUAACAGAAUAACUGAAAAUGGAAUUAGCAGGUAGUUGCACAGAUGAAACAACCACCACCACCAUCACCACAAGCAAUGACUCUCUUUCGGUAUCUCUCAUUCCGGCGAAACUAUCACCACCGCCGACGAACGCACUAAGCCGCGUCGGCAGUGGUGCUAGUGUGGUGGUAGAUCCCGAAAUUUGCGGCGGAUCCGGUGAAGCUGAGUCUCGUAAACUUCCUUCAUCUAAGUAUAAAGGCGUUGUGCCACAGCCGAACGGACGUUGGGGAGCACAGAUUUACGAGAAGCAUCAGCGCGUGUGGUUAGGUACGUUCAAUGAAGAAGAUGAAGCUGCAAGAGCUUACGAUAUCGCUGCUUUAAGAUUUCGUGGAAAAGACGCUGUUACAAAUUCUAAAACUCUCACCAGCGUAAAUAACGAUACCGAUGAAGCUGAAGCUGAGUUUCUGAACUCGCAUUCCAAAUCUGAGAUCGUUGAUAUGCUAAGAAAACAUACCUACGACGAUGAGCUUAAACAGAGCAUGCGUGACACGUGCGGCGGAAGACAGCGUCGCAACGGAGAAUUAUAUGGUGCAGCGUCACGUGGCGCGUGUGAUGCUAAAGCGCGUGAACAGUUGUUUGAGAAAACGGUUACGCCGAGUGACGUUGGAAAAUUGAAUCGGUUGGUGAUACCUAAACAGCACGCGGAGAAGCACUUUCCGUUAAAUGCUGUCGCGGUUGCCGUCUCCGGCGAGGGAAUCUCGCCGUCUGUGGCGGCGGCGAAGGGUUUACUUUUGAAUUUCGAAGACGUUGGAGGGAAAGUGUGGCGGUUUCGUUACUCUUAUUGGAACAGUAGCCAAAGUUACGUUUUAACCAAAGGUUGGAGCCGGUUCGUUAAAGAGAAGAAUCUCCGAGCCGGUGAUGCGGUUCGGUUUUUUAGAUCGACCGGACCGGAUAGACAGCUCUACAUUGACUGUAAAGCAAGAAGCAGUAGUGUUGUCGGUGUUGGUGAAGUUGAUAGUAAUAAAACCGGUGGUUUGUUUAUUUCGGUCCGACCGGUUGUUGAACCGGUUCAGAUGGUUCGGCUUUUUGGGGUGAAUCUUUUGAAACUACCUGGUUCUGAUGGUACUGUUGGUGGUAGUUGCAAUGGGAAGAGAAAAGAAAUGGAAUUUUUUGCUUUGGAAUGCACCAAAAAACCAAAGAUUAUUGGAGCAUUAUAACAUUAUAUUAAAAGUUAAUUUUCUUUUUUAUGUUUAAAGUUUUUUUUUAUGUGAAUUUUUAUAAUUAUGUGACUGAGGGAAAGAAUUAGAAAAGUUAAUAGUGGUGUAGGUUGUAACUUGCAAGUUGCAAGUUGCAAGAAUGCACGUUGCAAAAAGCUGAAGUGUACAUUAUUAGACAAAAAUUUGUGAUACUAGGGGCAACAAUAAUUGUUGUGUUUGAUAACAAAGAUGGUUUUUGAAAAUGAAACGUAGGAAGACAACUGUUUAUUCUA